CUGCUGAAAUUCAAAUUUGUGUUUCGUUUGUUAUUUUUUGCAGUUUGUGCAAAAAUAAAACAGUUUUAUAUUUGCAGAAGCCAGGCCCGGCUUUCGCAGAACAAAGUGUGCCACGCUGCUGAGCAGCAGCUCCGCAACAGUUGUGCCCAGAAUCAUAUGCUUUUUGAAACCUUAAACAACACACAAAAAAAUUAUACAGUACGUUUUGUUGUUGUUUUUUUUUAGCUUCGAAAUGUGCGAGUUUGAAACCAAAAACGAUAAAUGCGGCUUUGAUAAGCAAUUUGCAAUUGACAUAAAUGGCAUAAACACGGAAUUCGUGUUUCACGACUUCCAGAACAAAUGGGUGCUGCUGGUUACACAGCUGGGCAAAAUACCGGCGCUCUACAAUGUGACGUUCGACGUGAAGCACGAGCAUCGGGUGCUGCCCUAUUUGCACGGCCCCGUGGACGAUCCACAGUUUCAUGUGUCAGUGCCGGUGACAAUUAACUGUUGCAUGGGCAUCGAUUCGGACGAGAUACGCGGCGGCAUCCAGUUCCUGAUCAACAAGACGGCGCUCAACAAGUGCCCCACCGAGCUGCUAAUUGGGCUGGGCCUGAAGCAGCUGGACACAGCCGGCCUGCGGGCCAUAGCGCAAGUGUUGAAAAAUGGCAUAUUUUGAGACCCAAUAAAAUACAGAAAAAUA